GUGAACCAUGGAAUCUCUGCUAUUAUCUGAAUUUGUUAAUACAACUGGUGCUGAACCUGGUCUGGCCAGAGAUUUAUUAGAAGACCAGCGCUGGGACCUGCAGGCAGCGAUACAGGCAUUUGACUACCUGCAGGGCCUGGUGCCAGCUCCUCUGCCACCUGCUGCUCGGGCCGCUGAUGGCCAGACAGCCGGCAACGGCGCCGCCAAGCUGCAGCGCGCCCUGGCUGUUGAGAUGCCUCCUGCAGACCACAAGCUCGGCCGUGGCAUCUCGCGCGCCACCGACAACGUGCGUCUGGUGUCGGAGGCGCGCUCUACGCUUGCAAGGGGAGGCCUGAGCGGGCCGCCAGCGGCCGGCCAGCUGGACGAGGCGCCCGACCACACCUUCCUGCUGCCGGACACCGCCCGCUUCGAGGAGGGCUUCCGGUGCUUCGUGGAGGACGACCUGGUGGACCGGGCCACGCUCGUGUCGCUGGAGCAGGCCGGGCGGCUCAACUGGUGGGCGCGGGCUGGCGUCUGCCCUCCGCUCUGGCCACUCACCACCUCAGGUGACGGCAACUGUCUGCUGCACGCCGCCAGCCUGGGUAUGUGGGGCUUCCACGACCGGCUGCUGACGCUGCGGAAGGCGCUGCGGCCGUGCAUGACGUCCGGGCCCCACGUGGCCGCCUUCCGACGCCGCUGGAGGUGGCAGGUGGCCCAGCAGAACACCGAAGCAGGUCUGGUCUAUUCUGAGGAAGAAUGGGAGAGGGAGUGGGUGAACGUGAUCACACUGUCGUCCAGCGAUCCACGCCAGAACGGCCUGGAAGGCUCCCACGAGGAGGAGCCAGCCCGGCCCGACGCUUCUCUCUCCGUGUACGAGUCGCUGGAGGAGAUCCACGUCCUGGUGCUGGCGCACAUCCUGAGGCGACCCAUCAUCGUCAUAGCGGACGUCACAAUGAAGGACGUACACGGCCAGCCGCUGGCGCCGAUCCCGUUCGGCGGCGUGUACCUGCCGCUGGAGGUGCCGCCGGCUGACUGUCACUGCUCACCGCUGGCGCUCACCUUCGACGCCGGCCACUUCUCGGCGCUGGUGGCCAUGGCGCCCGAGCCGGCCACCGACAGCGCCGCCGCCGAACCGGCCCGCUACGCCGCGCCAGCCGUGAUCCCGGUGACGGAUGCGGACGGCGUGCUGCUGCCGAUCCAGUUUGUUGUUGACCCGGGCCCAGAGGUGGCCUGGGAGAAGGACCAGGUGGACCCGGUGGUGCAGGCGCGACUCACGCUGCAGCCCCAGCACAAGCUGAGCCUGCUCCGCGAGUACCUGGACGUGGUGGAGCUGCCGCUGGACGGUUCCGCUUCUCCCCGACCGCCGCCUCGCUCGCCGCCGCCGGCCCGACAGUACAAACACCACGAGGACAUGAUCAAAAACUACCUGACGUCGGCGCGGGCCCGAUACGCCGAACUGGAGCGGGCUGGCUGA